AAAAAAAAAAACACGUUACAUGCAAGAAUGUAAUCCUAGUGUGUGAAGUUCUUCCUGUUUGAGGGCAAAAAGCAUAUCAGUACAUGGACCUGGAUAUUAUGGAUAUCAAGUUCUACAAACAUGGUUAAAUAAAUGCCUAUUUUCGUUGCAUUACGAUUCCCAACUGUGAGUGAUAAGCAGAUCUUAAAUCCUUCUGAAGGUUGUAGACCACUACGAAAAUCCAAGAAAUGUGGGCUCUUUGAAUAAAAAUGCCAAAAACGCGGGGACAGGUUUAGUGGGUGCUCCGGCCUGUGGUGAUGUCAUGAAACUGCAGAUUGAAGUGGAUGAAAAUGGGAAGAUCGUGGAUGCCAAAUUUAAAACAUUUGGCUGCGGAUCAGCCAUUGCUUCAAGCUCUCUGGCAACUGAGUGGGUGAAAGGGAAGUCGGUCGAUGAAGCUUUGAGGAUCAAGAACACAGACAUUGCAAAAGAACUCUCCCUUCCACCAGUCAAGCUUCAUUGUUCCAUGCUUGCAGAAGAUGCCAUAAGAGCAGCCCUGUCUGACUACAGAAUAAAACAGAACAAGGAGGAGCAGAGUACACGCGUACUCAUCAAAAGUUUAAAAGCAUGUCUUUGAGGUGCUGUGUUACCCGUCGUGGAUUCUUAAAACAUUCGAGUGCUCCUUCUGUUGUCUGCAAUACAAGAAGUGGUCCAAAUAACACAGCACGUCUUCAUGUUUUAGAGAGUCGUACAAGUUGCCAGCUGUGCUCCAAGCAAGCUGGUUGACACCCUACCAUCUGGUGAUCUCUUAGAGGGCAGUUCAAUUUUCCUCAAAUUAUUUAGCACCUGAUUGACCCCCCAAAAAAAGAAGGAAAAGUGGGAAUGUGACUCACGAUUCACCUCUCACAUUCCACUUCAUUUAUUGCUUUUUGAUUUGUUGUCUUAUUGACCCAAGAAUUAAAGAUGCUUUCUACGACACUCCAAUGGUGUAGUGGUCCCCAGAAAAGUGGGUAUACCCUCAAUUUUCACUUUUUUUUUCAAUAGUCCGGAAAAACACCCUGUUUUACAAACAGUAACAUAUACGAAAAAUCUGUCAUUUGUAUUUGCUCUUCAAAAUUAGCCCGACCUGAUUCAGACCAGUUUGUAGUUAUUCCCGGUAACACAAACCGCCUGAAUGAAUGUAAAAUGUAAUUAUCAUGAACCAACCAUGAAUCUUUGAAGUGAACGAUGAGUCGUUUUGAGCCGAAAAAAACGACCAUGAAUAGUAAGGCGUUAAAAAGCCUUACUAUACUUUUUUUUUUUUUUAACAAAAAACAACGACCAUGUAUAGUAAGGCGUUUUUAGCCGAAAAAAGCCGGUCAAGCGACGCCAAGGACCGGCUCGAGGAACACAUCUCUGACACAAGAUAAUACCUAUCAACUGACUACUAACACAAUUGUAAAAAAAAAAAAAAAGUGACUGUGGAUUUAAAGACAAUCAUUUCAACAGUUAAACGAUAAACGGUCCAACAAUCUCUUAUGUCAGGCAGCUUUUGGUUUGACUGAAAAUGUCACAAUUUAAGAGUCAUAAUAAAUUGACUGGCCGGGGCUGACUUUA